AAGUGCAUCCUCGCCAGCGCUCCCUCAGCAAACUUGAGCGGAGAAGCGGCGCUGCCCCCUGCACUGGGCGGGACACCUAGCCCAGAACCGCCCCCUCUUCCCUGUGGUAACAGUCUUCUGUAACUCAACGUGUCCGGAAAGGUGUGUGAACCGGGGACAGCGCAGGCAUCUGAAAGCGAAAGGGGAAGUAAGUCCGGCGGGAGCCUUCACUUGGCGUUCGGAGGAUGUUGGAUCCGUCCUCCAGCGAAGAAGAGUGGGACGAGUUGCUAGAAGAGGAGCGGAGGGAUGUGCUGGUGGUCACCGCUCCUCACCGGACCCUACAUGCUGCCCCCCGGGAUCCCAGGGAGGCCGCUGUGCGCUCCACCCUGGCCAGACCUGCCAGCCCCAGCCCGUCCAUCAACAGUGAGGGCAGAGAGGAGCAGGAGCGGGCGCAACGGGAGGAGAGGGAGCGCCGGAGCCGCUUACAGCUAUACGUUUUCGUCAUGAGGUGCAUCGCCUACCCGUUCAAUGCCAAGCAGCCCACCGACAUGACCCGGAGGCAGCAGAAGCUUAAUAAGCAGCAGCUACAGACCGUACGAGAGCGAUUUCAAGCCUUUCUUAAAGGUGACACACAAAUAGUGGCCGAUGAAGCUUUUAUCAAUGCAGUUAGGAGUUACUAUGAGGUUUUCUUGAAAAGUGAUCGUGUGGCGAGAAUGGUGCACUGUGGAGGAUGCUCCUCAAAUGAUUUCAGGGAAGUUUUUAAAAAGAACAUUGAAAAAAGAGUACGAAGUUUACCAGAGAUUGAUGGAUUAAGCAAAGAAACUGUUUUAAGUUCAUGGAUUGCUAAAUAUGAUGCCAUUUAUAGAGGGGAGGAAGAUCUACGAAAACAGCCAAACAGGAUGGCUCUUAGUGCUGUGUCAGAACUUAUACUUAGCAAAGAACAACUUUAUGAAAUGUUUCAACAGAUAUUGGGAAUCAAAAAAUUGGAGCAUCAGUUGCUGUACAAUGCUUGCCAGCUGGAUAAUGCAGACGAGCAAGCAGCCCAGAUCCGUCGCGAACUUGAUGGUCGUCUACAAGUAGCUGAUCAAAUGGCAAAGGAGAAAUUAUUUCCAAAGUUUUUAACAAAGGAAAUGGAGGGAAUGUUUAUAGAAGAGCUGCGUGCAUCAGUCAAUUUACUAAUGGCCAACCUAGAAAGUCUUCCAGUGUCUAAAGGUGGUCCUGAGUUUAAGCUGCAAAAGUUAAAACGCUCGCAGAAUUCGGCUUUUCUAGACAUUGGAGAUGAAAGUGAAGUUCAGCUAUCAAAAUCGGACGUUGUCCUGUCCUUUACAUUAGAGAUUGUUAUCUUGGAAGUUCAGGGCUUGAAGUCAGUGGCACCAAACAGAAUUGUUUACUGUACAAUGGAAGUAGAGGGUGGUGAAAAACUCCAGACAGAUCAAGCUGAAGCCUCAAGACCUCAAUGGGGAACUCAAGGGGAUUUUACAACAACGCACCCUCGUCCAAUUGUCAAAGUUAAGCUUUUUACAGAAAGUACUGGUGUAUUGGCUUUGGAAGAUAAAGAACUCGGCAAAGUAAUACUUUCACCAACUCCUAAUAGUUCAAAGAUGCCAGAACUGCACAAAAUGACUGUUCCCAAAAACAGCCAAGACACUGAUCUGAAGAUUAAACUGGCAGUAAGGAUGGACAAACCGCCACAUAUGAAACACAGUGGUUACUUGUAUGCUGUGGGGCAGAAAGUCUGGAAACGCUGGAAGAAGCGUUACUUUGUCCUUGUACAGGUGAGCCAAUACACAUUUGCGAUGUGUAGUUACAGAGAAAAGAAAGCAGAACCCCAAGAGCUGAUGCAGCUAGAAGGAUACACUGUGGAUUACACUGAUCCUCAGUCAGGUCUCCAAGGAGGUCGGUGGUUUUUCAAUGCAGUGAAAGAAGGGGACACUGUUAUCUUUGCCAGUGAUGAUGAACAAGACAGAGCACUCUGGGUACAGGCAAUAUACAGAGCAACGGGGCAAUCUUAUAAACCUAUUGCUUCAAAUCACGCACUGAAAUCAAAUCCCAGAGGUACAAAUGCUCACUUGGAGCCAUCUCAACCAAAUACAGAUCGGGGACAAAGGCAUGGGAUGGAUGAGUUUAUUUCUGCUAAUCCUUGCAGAUAUGAUCAUGCUUCUCUCUUUAAAAUGCUUCAGCAGCAAACAUUGGAACAUAGAUUAAGUGAUUCCUAUUCUUGUCUAGGUUGGUUCAGUCCUGGUCAAGUGUUUGUACUAGACGAAUACUGUGCACGAUAUGGUGUACGUGGCUGCCAUCGUCAUCUCUGCUAUCUUAAAGAACUGAUAGACCAUGCUGAGACGGGGUCUGUUAUAGACCCAACACUCCUUCAUUACAGCUUUGCAUUCUGUGCUUCUCAUGUUCACGGAAACAGGCCUGAUGGAAUUGGCACUGUUACAGUUGAGGAACAAGAUCGGUUUGAAGAGAUUAAAGAGCGGCUUGCGCUGCUUUUAGAAAAUCAAAUAAGUCACUUCAGGUACUGUUUCCCUUUCGGAAGACCUGAAGGAGCUCUGAAGGCCACCUUAUCUCUACUAGAACGGGUUUUGAUGAAAGACAUUGCAACGCCUAUACCUGCUGAAGAUGUUAAGAAAGUUGUAAGAAGGUGUCUUGAGAAAGCUGCUUUGAUCAAUUAUACCAGACUUACAGAAUAUGCCAAAAUUGAAGCAGCAGAAAAGGAAUCAGAGACUAUGAAUCAAGAAGAUCCUUCAAAGAUACUAUGUGAUGUGCUUCAUCUAGCCGAGCUGUGCAUUGAGGUACUACAACAAAAUGAGGAGCAUCAUUCGGAGGCAUUCUCCUGGUGGCCAGAUUUAAUAGCGGAACAUGCAGAGAUUUUUUGGUCCCUCUUCUCAGUUGAUAUGAACUCUGCAUUAGAAGCACAGCCACAAGACUCCUGGGAAAGCUUUCCUCUUUUCCAGCUGCUAAAUAACUUUCUCAGGACUGACUCUCUGUUAUGCAAUGGGAAAUUUCACAAACAUGUUCAGGAGUGUUUUGUGCCACUUGUCAUCCGUUACAUUGACCUCAUGGAGUCUUCAAUUGCACAGUCUAUCCACAAAGGGUUCGAACAAGAAGCUUGGCAGCCAGUGAAAAGCAUCACCAACAGUCUUCCUAGUGUACCUCUUCCAAAAGUUCCAAGCUUGGCACUUAACCUUCCACAGAUCCCUAGUUUUUCAGCACCAUCCUGGAUGACGUCAUUAUAUGAGUCCACGAAUGGAUCAGCAACUUCAGAAGAUUUGUUCUGGAAGUUAGAUGCGCUACAAGAAUUUAUUCAUGAUCUUCACUGGCCAGAAACAGAGUUUGCCAACCAUCUGGAGCAACGACUGAAACUCAUGGCAAGUGAUAUGAUAGAAGCCUGUGUUAAAAGGACACGAACUGCAUUUGAAGUUAAACUACAAAGAACAAGUAAAUCUACAGACCUGCGUAUUCCGGCCUCAGUAUGUACAAUGUUUAAUGUCUUGGUGGAUGCCAAAAAACAGUGCUCUAAGCUGUGCGUCCUUGAUGGUGGACAAGAGUUUUCUAAACAGUGGCAACAGUACCAUUCUAAAAUUGAUGACUUAAUUGAAGAAACUGUUAAAGAAAUAAUUUCCCUUCUGGUUUCUAAGUUUAUUUCAGUUUUAGAAGGAGUUUUGUCAAAGUUGGCAAGAUAUGAUGAAGGAACUUUGUUUUCAUCCAUCCUUUCUUUCACUGUAAAGGCUGCCUCGAAAUAUGUGGAAGUACCAAAGCCUGGAAUGGACCUUGCAGAUACCUACAUAACAUUCGUGCGACAAAAUCAAGAUAUCCUGCGAGAAAAAGUCAACGAGGAAAUGUACAUAGAAAAGUUUUUUGAUCAAUGGUAUAGCAGUUCCGUUAAAGUCAUAUGUGUGUGGCUGGCAGACAGAUUAGACCUUCAGCUCCAUGUGUAUCAGUUAAAAACCAUCAUCAAGAUUGUGAAGAAAACCUACAGAGACUUCAGGCUGCAGGGAGUGUUGGAUGGCACAUUAAAUAAUAAGACAUAUGAGACUAUUCACAACCGUUUAACUAUGGAAGAAGCUACAAUGUCUGUGUCUGAUAGGGGAGGGCUCCAGGGGAUUUCAAUGAAGGACAGUGAUGAUGAAGAAGAGUGACGGCAGUAUUUCCGCUUUUAUCCUGGUCUAUUUACUUUACUUUUCUUUGUAAAUAUUUUACCUUAUACAUGUCCCAGUUGUUUCCUCAUUACACACCUAUUUAUUGCUAUAUCCAGUUUACCAUUGCAAUUUAAUAGCCAAGAAAGUUAAGUGAUGAUAAGAUAUAAGAACAUUGGUGUAAUUAUGUGGGUUAGUGCCAUACAAAUAACUGUUUCAUGUCUUUAAUAGAAGAAUUAUGCCUCUUAAGAAAAGAAGAUGCAAAUAUGCUGUUAUACCUACAGAAAGUGUCCUAUGUUGGAGAGAUUUAUCAAAACCUGUGCAGAGGAAAAGUGGAGCAGUUGCCCAUAGUAACCGAUUAAAUUGCUUCUUUUAUUUUUAGAAAGGCCCCUGGAACAUUUAAAAAGCAAUACGAUUGGUUGCUAUGGGCAAAAUCCCCUCAGUAUCUCGCAGUUACCACUUCUACAAGUACCUCAUUCUUCUUUUCAGACUGUGUAUGAUGUUUUAUUUGUGUUUUUAUUGUUGUAAAAAUUGGUAGGGGCCAUCAUGAAAAUCUUUAUCUAUAUUUCAAAUUCCAUCAACCUAUUGGUUCUUAUCAUUUUGUAUCUAUAUACUAUUAAAUAAAGUUUGAUAACCUGUUUACAUAUGACCAAUAUUUUAUGGAAUUAUGGCUUUUCAGAAAUUGUGAUAAUCAAACUAUUAGCUAGAGAUAAUGUUAUAGAAUAUAUAAAAAUGUAUAAUGCCACAUCAGUUUUAUAUUUUGGAGGUAAUGUCAUCUUUAAGAUUUUUCAAAGUACAGCUCUAAACAGGGCUGUUGUAAGAAUUCCAUAUAUUCCACAUUUGGAUAUCCAAAAAUGUGUGCCCCCCCCCCCCCCAUGUUUACAUUUAUUAUUUUUAUGGUAAUUUUUUGUGCUUUAGUUGAUUAUGAAUGCCACCAUCCAUUGCCAUCCUUGUAAUAAACACUUAACAGUUUUGCCAUUCAUGUUCUAUAAAUAACAGUGAAGCAGGAUUACUUUUCAUGAUACAACAUAUUUCUGUCUCAGAUUGAGUUAGAAUGUCAUGCACCACAUUUAUUAAGUGUUUAAGCACUUUGGCUUUGCAGAUCAAGAAGAGGAGUGGCUCAGAGGGAAGAAGUGUGUCCUAAAAUACACCAUAUUGCACCAAAUUUUUUAAGCAAGGUGUUUAAACAUGCACCGAAUGUACUGAUUAAACAUGAACCACUAUUCUAAAUUUGAAUUAUGUAGUCUAGUUCUAAGCUGUCUAAAAAGAGAAGGUCUAUCAACUGUCCACAGGAUAUGUGAUGAAAGAGUGAACACUGGUGGGUCCACUUUUUGCCUGUCUUAUCCAGCCUCAAAUACUUUGAAAGGAGCUGCAGCAUGCAUUCUCCUGAACAUGGUUGUUCUGUGAGGAGGAGCAGAAUACCUGUUCUAGUUGUAUAGGUAGGUGAUAAAUGUACCUGAGAACACAACAUUUUUUUCAAUGUUCUAACAAAAAUGGUCACAUUUUAACAAAUAAUACCUGAUUCAUAAAAUAUAAAAAAAAAAAAAAUGUCAUACUCCAAAAAUUGCGUAUUAAACCAUAGGUGACCCAGUGACAAACAGCAUACAUCUCAGCAGUUGAAGCCUUCAAGAGUGGUAGAAAUUAAAGGGGUAUUCCAGGAAUUUUAUUUGACUAUGCUACAGGGGCUGUAAAGUUAGUGCAGUUCAUAAUAUAGUGUCUGUACCUGUGUGUGACGGUUUUCUCAUAAUUCUUCAGUGAUUUUCACCCCACUAUUUAUUUUUACCAGCAUACAAAAUGAUUUUUCCCAGCUUGCAAAGCGGACAAGACCUGACUCACUAGUCAGCUGAUGACAGGGAGCCUGUCUGCUUCUAUGGGUGGAGUGAUCGCUUGGUGGGAGAGAGAUCAUUUGCAACUAAUGCAACAGCUGUAGGCACCCUGAUUGAAAACCACAGGUCUUUUGUUUCAAUGGGUGGGGUGGCUGAUGUGUGGGAUGGAAGAAAAUGGAAUUGUGGGAUUUGUAGUCAAAAAAAGAAAAGUCAAACAGGAAAUACAAGUUCACAAAAAGCUAGCCACAAUGUUAUGGUAAUCUCAUGACAUAGCCAUCUAGCCCCAAGACAAGCGCAGAUCCUUCCUAAGCAUGUCCAUUACUGUCUGCCAGGUACGUACUAAAAUCACCUUAUGGUGGAUAACCCCUUUAAAGAUAUAUCUCUGCAGGUGCUGGAUUUUCAUGUUUGUAUGUGCUCUACACAGUAUCCAUCUGUUUCGUCUGCCAAGUUGAUUCUUAAGUCUGCAUUUUAAAGUAGGCGUGCUGCACAGCAUGCUAUAAGUUAAGCAAGGCUGCUCACAUGGGGUUGACGUUGUGAGGGUGGCUACCUCGUGGAAAGGCAUUCAGCACCCCCUCACCUAUCCUCAGGAUAAGGAUAAGAUGUUAUGUACCAGAGUUCCUCUUUAAUUUUGCUGGACUCAAUUGCAUUGCAGACCAUACUGUUUAAUGAGAUAUCCAGGAUCAGAAAAAUUAUAGCGGCUUUCUUCUAGAAAUAGUGCUUAUUCUGUUCUUAGUUUGUAUGUGGUAUUGCAGCUCUGGCACUGUUUUUAAAGAAGGCCAUUUUUUUUUCUAAUACUAGAUAACCCCUUCAACAUCUUUACAAUUUUUUUACUUACAUUUUCUUCCUUGUCACCUUCAUUUUACCAUAUAAUGUAUUAUAAAGUCAGAAAUUAUUUGUUGGACAAUAUGAAAAAAAAAUGCUGCAAUUAUGUAGGGCAAAACUUUUUUUUGCGGAGUUGACCGUAAGAUCUGGCACUCCAAAAUCAUUUUAAGGGUCAGUGCAUUUUCAAUUACACCAGAUUUGGAUAAUUUUGGUUUAGUUUUAUUGAUAAAAAACAAACACUGUACAUGCCAUUGGGAAUGUUAUAUUUUUUCAAAAUCAUUUUGUUAUUUUUUUAACACUUGAUUGGCUUUUUAAGUAACCUUUCAUAUAGCUAUGGGGUGGUCAAAAUGCAACUAUUUUUAAGGUGUCGUGCAUAUUGCAGUUCACCUCCAGACCCCAAUCUCUCAUCUGCCACUUUAAAAAUGCCUGCCAUCACCUCUUAAAGAAAGCAGUUUCAUAGAAACUUUCAUUUAUGAUUAUUACCCUUGUGCAAUAGGCCCAGAUAUCAGUUGACAAAUGAGCGAAUACUUGUUAGCCAGCUGAUCCUUUUCCAGACAAAAAAAUCAUUUAUUUGAAGAACAUCUCCCCCUGUAAACAGGGGUAUGCAGCCAACAAUAAUGGAAGAGAACAGCCACAUGAAUGAUCAAAGUAUUGAUUCUGCAGUAGUGCACCCCCAAAAGGGCUGUUUAAAUGGUCCUUUAAACAAGCAGCGAUCAAUUUAUAUAUAUAUAUAUAUAUAUAGUUGAUCGGUGCUGGUGAACAUGCAGUGAUCUCCUCAUGUAAGGGGACUUUUAAGGUGCCAAAACACUUACACAAAAGUUGGCCUAAUCCACAGGCUGUCUAAAUGGCAGUCUCACGACUUUUCCACAAUAGAUAAUGUUGAGAGAGUGAAGGGUCAAACAUGUUGGAUUUCAACUGCCCGACCCUAUUGUUUAGAGAGAUAUAAGCCACUGCUAGAGCUUACACCUAUCCUCUUAGAGAAUAAAUGAAUGUUCAGCCGGAGUCUACCAUCCACCUGAAUCAAGCUUUGUUGUAGUUCCCUGCACAGCAGUUGGCCAGGAGCUCUGUUGUGCAGCAGAAAUGCCAAAGGGAAUUUUGUCCUUUCAUUCUUCCAAUCAUUAUUCUUAUCGACAGAAACACAACAGACACUUUACAGAUACCUUAGCUAAGAUUUUCAGAUGUGAUGCCUUAUUAUAAAUUUAAGGAUAUCGUGAGCAUGCAACAGUAUUUGCACCUAAUUUAAAUACAUCUGAGGAUAGUUUUGAGAAUUUUGCCCAUAUUUUUUUUUAUUUUACACCAUGUUUCAUUACAAACACUGUGGAUGUCAAGAUAUUUGAAUUGAACGGUUGAUCUUUAAUGGGGGAGAUUUAUCAAAACCUGUGCAGAGAAAAGAUGACCGUUUCUCAUAGUAACCAAUGCGAUCACUUCUUUUAUUUUUCUGAUUGGUUGCUAUGGACAACUGAUCAACUUUUCAUCUGCACAGGUUUUGAUUAAUCUCCCCCAAUGUGUUUUUGUUAGCUUUACUCUUUGGCCCAUGUUAAACCACACAACACAGCUUACACAGAUGUGAUCAAUAUUUCUGUUCUCAAAUUUUAGACCUAUGAGGUUAGGGUGACAAUGUGCUGCUAUCCUUUAAUUUAUGUUCUAUAUAUGAUUUAAUUAGGGAAAAUAUGUAAAUAUAUUCUACUGUGCACACCAUGAUAAAAUUAAUGGCUCAUUUCACAUGAUUUAGGGUUUGUUUUUUGUUUGCUUUUUUCACAAUGUUUUUUCAAACAAUGGGACAAAACUGGAGCUUCACAUCAGCUCUAUGAUAACAGAUGCAAAAGUAAAGCAUACAAAGAAAAAGUGCACUUUACCUACUGUGAAGCAUGGAGGAGGCUGGGUUAUGUUUUGAGGCUGCUUUGCUGCCUGUCCUGAAUCUGUACAGGGUACAAUGAAAUCUAAAAACAUUUGAAGUGGAUUUGCUGCCUGAUGUCAGGAAGCUCGGUCACAGGUCAUGGGUCUUCCAACAGGAUAAUGAACCAAAAUACACAGCUUAAAAACACCCAAGAAUGGCUAAGAGAAAUACAUUGGACUAUUCUAAAGUGGCCUUCUAUGAGCCCUGAUCUGAAUCCUAUUGAACAUCUGUGGAAGGAGAUGAAACAUGGAGUCUGGAGAAGGCAUUUUUACACCUGAGACAGCUGGAGCAGUUUGCUUAUGAGGAGUGGGCCAGGAUUCCUGUGGACAAGUACAGAAGUCUCAUUGAGAGUUAAAGAAAUCGUAUAAUCGCAGUGACUGCCUACAAAGUUUGUGCAACCAAAAAAUAUGUACAGGGUACCAAUAUUUUUGUCCAGGCCAGUUUCAUUGUUAUUAUUUUUCCCCAAAUUAUUUCUUUUAAACCACAGUUUAGAGGCAAUGUCUGAUUUCCAUCAGUUAAUUCUCAGUACAUUUGUAUUAAUUAUAACUUUUGAUAGUUUUAAGAAAUUCAGGGAGGAUUGUGGGUUUUUCUGUCUUUAACGGAAGGGUACCAACAAUUUUGUUCAUGUCUGUAUCUCUGUUUGCUUGGCAGUGGUGUAUUAGCCUGUGUUUUAUAAUGCCUAGUUAAUUAAAAGCCCAGUGGGUAUUUCCUAUGGCUGCAAAAGCCCAGCAAAGUUCAUCCCAGAGGUUACAAGUAGCCUAAGAGGCGUUGCUAACAAAUGGACAUGAUAAACUUUGCUGGGCUUUUGCAGUCAUGGGAUCAAUAUCAAUUCAAAGUGUGAUAUCAGUACUGUGGGGGUCAAUUAUCAAAACAAAUUAUGUACAGAUAACAGUACAUUAAAGGAGUUGCAUUAAAGGAGUUGGCCACUUUAUGGCUAAUGUUAACAAAUGUGUGUUAUUACUUACCCUUUAAGUUUUGUGCUAGAUUAGUUAAACCAUGCUUCCAUUGUUUGACAAGCAUUCUGUAUUGUCCAAAUUCCACUCCUGUCUAGAUGGAGGGGUAUGUGAGGAAAAACUUUAGUCACCUCUUUUGGAGACGGCAAAGAACGCUACAUGCAGGUACAUUCCACAAGAGGAGAGCUACAACGUUGUUUCACAACAGGCUUCUUCCGGCUCUAUGGUAUUGAUGCGGUGGCAGUGGCGCUCCGGAUAUUUCAGCGGCUGACAACGCCCUGGCAACCCAUACACAACACUUACUGCGCAUGCAUCCGCUGAACUCGGCCAGAGCAUCAACUCUAUCUAUGCUUGCGACCAUGACAUAUUUUCAUACAAAAUACAUAAUGUAUCCUAAUACAAAUAAUGUGUAAGUGAAAAAGAAAACAACUAAUGACAACACAGAAAAGAAAGAGAGGAGGGGAAUAAAAAAAAGUCCUUACAAAAAUGCACUCAUAUUAUUUUUAUUGUUCAUACCUGAGGGCGUCAAUGGGCAGGAUCCAGAUUGCUUCUUUCUGUAAAAGCAAUUUAUGGCAAUCACUGCCAUCUUUUGUAAUAUUUACCAUUUCUAAGCCAGAGAACCUGAGCACUGAAUGGUACCCCUGAUGUGUCAUUUUGAUAUUGUAGCACUCACAUUUCAGAAGACAGGAAUCCCGAUGGAUCCGCUGGACCUGUGUGGCAGAUGACUCGGACCGUACCAGGGAGCGGAGUCUAAGGUGCUGCUGGUUUUCUCCAGAGCCUGCUGCAAAGUGGGAUGGAUUUGCUGCGGCAGGCGGUACCCAGGUUGCUACCCCUGGCACGACUCGACCACACAGGCGGCUGAAGAGAUGCGAGGCACAGGAGGGAUAAGGCAGCUAAUAAUCAGGAUAGCAGAAGGUCAGGGCAGGCAGCACAGUAGCAUAGUCAGGAAUGUAGCAAAUGGUCAGUAGGCAGGUGGCAAGAAGCAAGGUCAGGUCACUGAGCAAAGGAUCAGAUACACAGCAAGGCAAUAACAGGAAUGCUUUCUCUCAGGCUCAAGGCAACAAAGAUCCGUCAGGGAAGUGAGGAGGGUGGAGGAAUUUAUCAAUGAGCCACAGGUGAAUUACACUAAUGAGCGCACUGGCCCUUUAAAUCUUAAAGCUCCGGCACUCGCGCGCCCUAGGGGACAGGGACACGCGUGCCCGGGCAGAGGCGGGGGCAGGAGAAACACCCGAUGAGUGACUGACUGGAGCUCGCAUGAGGGCGCGUCCCACCAUGCGAGUCCCAGCCUCGUCGGCAGCAGCAGGUAACGGGACCAUGCACUCAUGGCCAGUGUGUGUGUCCGGAGCGCAUAACGUAACAGAUAUUAUCUAUAAGUUGUGGACAACCAUGACCUGUUCUUAUGGAUCUCAUGUGCUCCUGAAUCCUAAUGUACAUGCAUCUCUUGGUCUUGUCUAUAUAUUAUUGGCCACAUGGGCAACAAAUCAUAUAUACUACAAAUUUUGUUUUACAUGUGAUUAUUUGAGACACUUUCCACUCUACAGCACCUAGUUUACAAUAUUUAGUUUUGGCCUUAAAUCUGCACAUGGAGCAUUGCUUACAUCUACAAUUGCCCCUAGGAGAAGCCCUAUCUAACAAAGUGGUGCUAUCUCCUUUAUUACUGGUGCAACUCAACUGAUUCCUCAGAGAACAGGUAUGUCUAAGGUCCAGAUUGUUCUCAAUAAUGUGCCAGUGCCUACGGAUGGCAGCCUGAAUAAUGUUGUUCAUCUUGGAAGAUAUAUCUUUUUGGUUUUUUAAUGUAGAUGUAU